AUGGACAAUGACAUGGAGAGCUUGCCAGAUCAUGUUGCUAUUGACCCCGUGCAGAACACCAUCAAUCACCCAGUAAGCGCUUCCUCAGACAGCCGUGCUUCUUUGUCACCGUCGCCGCUGCACCAUGCCAGCUUUGUCAGCUCGCCCCCGCAACGUGCAGGUGUUGCGUCUCGUGCUGCGCACGACCUCCGAAACAUAUCGGCCCCAUCUGCUGGCAUCCACAUUGCCGCCGAUGUGGGUGUCUUGAUGGAUGGAGCUUCCUUGGGCACCAGCGGUGCAGACUUUACACGGGCUGGUCCACAGCCGCAAACAGCUGUGGGCGCCAGCAUGCCCCGGCCGGAGGCGGUGAUGAUGCCGACGGCUGCCGCUCCCACCGAGCAGAAGAGCUGUAGAAAUGACCUGGAACGUUUGCCAGGUCAUGUUGCCACUGGCCAAAUGCAGAGCGCCAUCGAUCAUGCAGGAAGGGCUCCGACAGAAAGCCGUGCUUCUGGUCGCGUCAGCUUUUCGAGCUCGCCCCCGAAACGUGCUGGCAUUGCGUCUCGUGCUGCAGAUGAUCAGGUGAAUCUAUACACGAAGUCGGCUCCAUCUGCCACCGCCCGCAUUGACGACGUGGGUCACUUUGGUCUCUUGAUUGACGAGGCUGCACUGGGCACUGAGGGCAUCGGUGGCAGGGACAUUGCGGAGGAGGCUGAUCCUGUCACGCCACCGCCAACAGCGGUGGGCUCUAGCAUGCCCACGCCAAAGGCCAACCCUCCGCAAGCUGACGCUGUCACCAGCUUGGACAGAGCCAACAGUUACGUGUACAGCGCCCAGACAGCUGCGCAUGGAGAGCAGGACAACGAGACAGAGCGCUUGCCAGAUCAAGUUGUUCCGGAUCCCAUGCGGAAUGCAAUCCGCCAUGCGGUAAGCCAACCGAUCUCUGCUCCGUCUGCUGUCGUUCACAUGGACACGUUCAGUCGUGGAGAGCAUGCGCCGCUGAGCCAAGCUGUGAACUCACCAGAGGCCGCCAUGCGUUACAUUCCUGAUGGUGGAGCUUUGCCCCGGGCCAAUGCGACGGGUCUCACCGAAAGCGGGGGAAUCAAUGCUCCGAGUUCACCUUCCAUCGCUGCUGAAGUUGGCAACGCUCGUCGCGCGGAUGGCUCGCCAGUCAGUGCAGGUGACUCGAGCCAGCGGGAGAACAUCCAACCAAGCCGCAUGUCCCGGAAGGCUUCGCACGGGUUGGCCACAAGACAUCUCACGCUUGCCGAUCGGCUGGGGAGGCCCCUGGCUCCUAUCCUUCGGGCUUCUGCGGCAUCAAGGCUUCCACCAGAUGACUCAGAGGGCGACGAUCGGGAUUCUGCACCUGCAGACACAGAAGCGCACUCGGCAGAAUCACGUUCGCUUCCUCAGGCGAUUGUCGGGCGUCGAGCAAACUCAGAUCCCAAUCUUCAGCUUGCAUGCGGACAGGAAACUACUGCCUGUCGGGGACGUCGGGGUCGCGCAUCGCAAUCCUUAAAAGCAGCUCCGAGGACGGGCGCGAGAGCUCCAGGCGCAAAGCCAGGCCCAGUCAUGGCGUUUUUCGAGGUGGAAUGCCCUGAGACCACGCCAGAAGAAGCUGUGUUCCUGGUGCUCGCGCACUCUGCUGGGGGUACGUGGGACAUCAACUCUGGGAUAAUGUUGGAGACAAGUCCUGAGAAGUUUCCGUGCUGGGCGACUGCGGUGCCUAUUAAUGUGGACCCUUCCGCGAAGAUCGAGUUCCAGUUUGCGAUUUCAGAUCGUUCGCUGGCGCAGCCUCCUCGGUUCGAGUGCCUCUCGUGUCGCCGGUUGCCUCAACCUGAGGGCCAGGAGGAUGAAGCUUGCGAGAUUGUCUAUCGGGGCGCCUGGGAGGAUCCUCGCAGCACAGUGACGGUUCGGCCAUCGACUUGGCCUCCAGCUUGGCCAUUGGCGGAGCGCUCCAAACCGCAGGUAUCUGCUCUGCCAGCUGCUCGUGCCACAAGCGGCCCCCAGAAUCAGGGGCACCCUGUUGCCGCAGACAGCACCCGAAGGUCCCGGUCUGUGCCGGAGACUGCGCUGCAGCUCGACGUCUCGGAAGUUCCAGUUGUGAUUGUCUCCUCGGAGCUCCUGCCCUGGUCAAACUCAGGGGGUCUGGGUCGCAUUGCGGCUUCUUUGGCAAGGCAGUUUGCCCUGCGUGGCCACCGGACCUUGGCCAUUUCGCCCAUGUACACGAAGCCGCCCGCGGAAGAUGGCUUCAUCUAUUUGGGAUCAGCCUGGGUGCGGCUUGACCAGAUGGAUCAAGAAGUCCGCUGCAUGCACAAGUUCGUCAGCUUCGGAGAUGGGAAGGGGUGCGACUAUGUGCUGCUGGACCAUGGCUGCUAUCAGCAUCGCCCAAACGGCUUGUACUGUGAUUCCAAGACUGGUCAGGACUAUGGAGACAAUCUGUAUCGCUUCGCCAUGCUGUCACUUGCUGCUCUGGAGGUGCCGCUGACACUUAAAUUCGAUCGGGUGGCGUAUGGGCAAAGAGUAGCUUUCAUCUCCAACGACUGGCAGGCAGCCCUGGUGUCAGUGUACCUGGCGCACCGCUAUCGUCGAAGCGGCCUCUAUCAGGAUUCCAGGAACAUCCACGUCAUCCACAACCUUGGCUUCCAGGGCAGAUUUUCAUGCCGGCGUUCCAGCGUGAGUACACUGCUUGGACUUGGCAAAGCGGCAGCAGUCGACCUGGUGAAAGAUGGCGACCUCAACCUCUGUAAGGGUGCUGUCCUUUGCAGCGAUCGUGUGGUCACAGUGUCUCGCAAUUAUGCCCACGAGAUACAGACGCCACAAGGUGGAUUCGGGCUUGAUGGGCUGCUCAGCCAGAAGGCGAAGAUGCUGCGCCUCGCUGGCAUCCAAAACGCCUUGGAUGAGGAGUGGGAUCCCAGAUCCGAUGUGCACAUUUCCAAGUGCUACCAGGUCGACAGCAUGGGAGCUGCGAGACGGGAGUGCAAGGUUUUCCUCCAGAAGAAGCUUGGCCUGGUCCCAGCGCCCCGUGCGGUCUUGUUCGGCUUUGUGGGUCGCCUCACUUGGCAGAAGGGCGUUGACGUACUGGCACGUGUUGUGCCGUGGCUGCUGGGGUCUGGCAUGCAGGGUUUCCCUGGACGAGCCCAGCUUAUUCUCAUGGGCGAGGGGGAGCAGCACUAUCAGCAUUUGCUCAAAGAGCUGGAGCUCCGCAACCGUGGCCACGUCUGCGGUCAAACAAGCUUCAGUCCCGUCCUGGAACAUCAGAUGAUGGCAGGCUGCGACUUCAUCAUCAUGCCGUCGCGCUACGAGCCUUGCGGUUUGCCUCAGCUGGCGGCUUCCUUGUACGGUGCGGUGCCCAUAGCUACGGCCACAGGAGGCCUCAAGGACUCCAUACGAGGCCCGCAAGAAGGCGAAGCCGCGACAGGCUUCCUGAUACAGCCGCCUGUGAGUGAGACGAGCAUGCGGCAGGCCCUCCGGGAAGCGCUCACGGUCUUCUUCCAGCAGCCACAUCGCUUUCAGCAGAUGCAGCGCAACGCUAUGUCCCAGCCUUUCCGAUGGAGCUCAGCGAUGGACGAGUACCAGCAACAAAUCCGUUUGGCUUUAUCAGUUCCAACACAGAAGCCGUUCUGA